AUGAUGUUGGACUCUUUGCUGCUGCUGUUGCAGAAGAUCUUCCUGUUUGCGCACUGGGACUUUUUCAGCGUCGUGGCAUCGAGAGCCGACAAGCCGAGGCGCGCGGACAGGACGGACAGGACGGAGCGCGCGGGAGCGGAAGUCACGGCGCAGCUCGAGCGCGGAGAUCUGCUCGAAGUUCCCCGCACGCUGUUCGUGCACUUCGGGAUCUACUUGGGCGACGGGAAGGUGGCGCACCUCAUCCCCGACAUCCUUCCGCUGCUCACGCGCGAUGAGCUCCGCGUCCGCGCCGUCGUGAGCAACAAGCGGCUGCUGCUGGGAGUGCUGUGCCGCAGAGCCGCCGUGCGCGUCGACACGCUCGAGGACUUCGUGUACGGGGCGCGCGUGCUGCUCAUCAACGCCAUGGACGGAGUGCUCGGUGUGCGGCCCGCGCCUAACGAGGAGGUCGCGCGCACGGCGGAAAAACUGAUCGGCGCUGUUCGCUACAGCCUCCUGUGGAACAACUGCGAGCACUUCGUCACCUUCUGCCGAUACGGUACCGGGAUCAGCCUGCAGACCGACAAGGUACCGGACACCGGACACCCGGGUCACCAGCACUUCCAACAUUACACUCAGAACAUUUCAGCACAUUGUAGUGAGGAACCUCAGACUGUCUCACUGGUGGAACCCUUCACUGGUUCUGACCCACACUCAGUAGGAAGGUACUAA